AUGGAAGUGGCGGCUCGCGAACUUCGGGAAGGGGCUCCGCAUAGUACGAUCGUCUUGGCGGAAGAGAUGACGCAGGGACGUGGGCGCAGAGGCAGCAGCUGGAUAUCGCCCAAGGAUGGGAACCUUUAUGUCACUCUCAUCCUCCGUGCCUCCGGCGAGCCAUCUUUAAAUGCCUACCGACGCUCGCAGGCCAACUUUGCAACGCCGCUUGCUGUAGCACGGGCCGUUAAGGACACUGAACCCACGCUAAAUCCGAUGAUUCGUUGGCCUCGGGCCGUGGAGAUUGGUGGCCACAAAGUGUCUGGAUCACUCAUCGAGGUGCAUGAUGAGGAAGGGAUCGAGCACUUUGCGGUAGGCAUCGGCAUCAAUGUGAAUGCCGAGUUUUGCAACAAUGAGACAUUCUCGCAGAAUGUGACAAGCUUGCGUUGCGCAUCACAGAAAGUGAUCGACCGAGAACUGCUUCUGGCUCAGGUUUGCAGCAAUUUGGACGAGCUUCUGGAGACGCCACCCGACGACUUGCAGAAGCAGUAUCUGCGAUGGCCUUCUGUCACAGAGCUGGACAGUGAGGUCUCCCUCCUGGACAAGACGAGCAAGCAGCCAAUCGUAGAUGGAAAGGUCCACGGAAUUACGACUUCCAUGGACUUGGUCGUCGAGGCGGACAACGGAAGCCAGAUUGAGGUGUCGGAGGUGGGUACCAUCACCGUCUUUCCGAAAGGUCGACGUUACAGGGCCGAGUUGUGA